GCUCAAGACUCAAGUAGGAGAAUCGGCUCCGAAGUCGACUCCGGUAGGCUCCAAUGAAUGCUUUUCGACAGGCUUACCUUUGUCGCUUGAGGUAUGCCACACGCGCGGCCACAUCUACCGCCUUUCGAUUGCCGGCGGUCCAAGCAGGCCUGAGCCAAGAGGCUCGACCUGCUCAGGGGAUGAAGCUGACCAGGGCGACUGGCAGCCCACCCCCAUCAGCCAGUCCUGCUUCCCCGCCACUUGCGGAUGGUAAAGUGCUGAUGAAAGUGGGCAAGUAUCGAGGGAAAGCGUUUGCUGACAUCUACAGUGAGGAUCCCCAAUAUUGCCAAUGGGUUUGCAAAGCAGCCUUGACAACUGACUCAUCAGGGGAUUCCUUGAAAAUCUUCGCAGCCUACGUGCAGCAUAGGUGGCUCCUAAGUCUACAGAACCUGGUGUCGCAAGCAAAAGCGAACAGUUUGCUGGGUCAGCAGCUUGUUGUUACGGGUGAGCCCACGGAACUGACGCGUUCCACCCUCGAGGGCCUGAUCCGCAUCCUUGGUGGCAAGGUGACCUCCAAGAUUUCCGAAGCAACAGCUAUUGUAGUUGCUGGCUCCAAGCAGUGGAACGGCGAACCUGUUAGUGAAAGCACGAAGAUGCAGCAGGCCAUCGCUCGUGACAUUCCCUUGUUGACGGUGGAUGAUUUUCAAGCCUGGGUGCAAAAGAUCAGCACUUCCAAGAGCAGUGGCCAAAGUAAGGGAAAGCAAAGAGGCAAGGUGAGCAAAGUGAGCAAAUGAUUUUAGUAAGCGGUGCCGACCGUUGCCAACGUGUUUUUUGCGACCGACAAAA